AUGGAGAUGUCUGCCCAGAGGUUGAUGUCUAACAAAACAUCCCUGCAGUCAGCAUCUAAUUCUGAUUACACCUGGGAAUAUGAGUACUAUGAGAUUGGACCAGUUUCCUUUGAAGGACUGAAGGCUCAUAAAUAUUCCAUUGUGAUUGGAUUCUGGGUUGGCCUUGCCGUCUUUGUGAUCUUCAUGUUUUUUGUGCUGACUUUGCUGACGAAGACAGGUGCCCCACACCAAGACAAUGCAGAGUCAUCAGAGAAGAGAUUCCGAAUGAACAGCUUCGUGUCAGACUGUGGAAAGCCACUGGAGUCAGAUAAGGUGUUUUCUCGUCAGGGCAAUGAGGAGUCCAGGUCUCUCUUCCACUGUUACAUCAAUGAGGUGGAACACUUGGACAGGGUCAAAGUCUGCCACCAAACAACAGCGAUUGACAGCGAUGUCCAGCUCCAGGAAGCCAUCAGAAGCAGUGGGAGGUCUGAGGAGGAGCUGAGCAGGUUUAUGAAGUUUGACAUCCCCAACUUCGUGAACACGGACCAGAAUUCCUCCUUUGGGGAUGAUGAUCUUCUGAUUUCAGAACCAGCUGUUCUUCUAGAAAAUAAGCCAGUUUCCCAGACCUCAUGUAUAGACCUGGACUGA